ACCAAAACAUAUUUAAGCUAAACUUAGAGCAUCAUAGAGUAAUUUCCCAAAAGAAACAAAAUUCACACACAUUGAAAAGCUAGGUUUUAGUUGUAUCACCUCCCUUUCAGCCGACUCUAAAACCCUAAAUUUCAUUCUUAGUAGCUGAACCAGUAAUGGCGAAGAAGAAAGAGAAGUCGGUAAACGUAUCCGGAAAGCCAAAGCAUUCAUUGGACACUAAUAGAGAUGUUAGCGCAGCCAAAAAUGGCCGUAGUGCAGCCACUGUGCGGCGGCUUAAGAUGUAUAAUACAAGGCCAAAGCGGAAUCCUCAGGGACAUAUAAUUAAGCAUGAUUUACAAUCGAAGGAAUUGCCGUCAACAAGGAUACAACCAGAUCGCCGUUGGUUCGGUAAUACUCGGGUGGUCAACCAGAAGGAACUGGAGUUCUUUAGAGAAGAGCUCCAAACCCGGCUUUCCAGCAACUACAAUGUUAUAUUGAAAGAAAGGAAGUUGCCCAUGUCCCUUUUAAAUGAUCAUCAGAAGCAAGUAAAAGUUCAUCUUCUUGACAAUGAGCCUUACGCUGAUGCUUUUGGACCAAAGACAAAGAGGAAACGCCCCAAACUUAUGGCAUUAGAUUAUGAAGCCUUAGCUAAGAAGGCUGAUAUGUCUCAAGAUAACUUCGAAGACAAACAUGGUGCUAGCACCUCCAUGGAUGAAAAUGAAGAUGGGUUCAGAGAUCUUGUUAGGCACACAAUGUUUGAGAAAGGACAAAGUAAACGAAUUUGGGGCGAACUUUACAAAGUCAUAGACUCUUCUGAUGUUGUUGUUCAGGUUCUUGAUGCCAGAGAUCCCUGUGGUACAAGGUGCUACCAUUUGGAGAAGCAUUUGAGGGAAAAUUGCAAGCAUAAACAUAUGGUCCUUUUGCUGAAUAAGUGUGAUUUGGUCCCUGCUUGGGCAACAAAGGGAUGGCUUAGAGUGCUAUCCAAGGAAUAUCCAACUCUGGCAUUUCAUGCAAGUGUCACCAAGUCCUUUGGAAAGGGUUCUCUUUUGUCAGUACUGAGACAGUUUUCUCGACUAAAGAGCGACAAGCAAGCAAUCUCUGUUGGUUUUGUAGGCUAUCCCAAUGUUGGCAAGUCAUCAGUUAUUAAUACACUGCGCACAAAGAAUGUGUGCAAGGUGGCUCCUAUCCCAGGAGAGACUAAAGUGUGGCAGUACAUUACACUUACAAAGAGGAUCUUCUUGAUUGACUGUCCCGGUGUAGUUUAUCAGAAUCAGGAUUCCGAAACAGAUAUAGUCUUGAAAGGCGUGGUACGGGUGACAAACCUGCAUGAUGCUUCUGAACACAUUGGCGAAGUGUUGAAUCGCGUUAAGAAGGAACAUCUUCAAAGAGCUUAUAAGAUAAAGGAUUGGGUUGACGACAAUGACUUUCUUCAACAGCUAUGCAAGUCAACAGGCAAACUUCUGAAGGGAGGCGAACCUGACUAUAAGACUGCUGCGAAGAUGAUACUCCAUGAUUGGCAAAGAGGCAAAAUUCCAUUCUUUGUUCCACCUCCAAAGCUGGAUGACGAUGCCUCUGAUGAGCAAAAUGUACUCGUCUCUGAGGCUGACCCAACCGUGGAUGAAGAUCAGGCCAUGGCUGCUAAAAAAGCUAUUGCUGACGUCGUUUCAUCACAGCAACUGAAAGAAGUUCCUGUUCAGGAAGAUCUAUUCAGCAAGACUGAAUUGUUGGGUGAAAAUUGAUAAGGGCGGGUUCAUCUUAUUGGCUUGUAAUUGUUCUAGCACCGUGAAAGGCAACAGCCACUCCACAGUUUUGAAGAUAUACCCCAACUUACUUGAGAUUGAAGCUUGUUCCUUGUCUAGGUGAGCAACACAAUAUUUAGCCAACUUAGCUAUUCUUGUCGUCAAGUUUUCAUAUGCUGUCAUGCCUUUCUAAGUUAUUGCAACUUAUAUCAAUGUGUUCUCUUGGUUAGUUGUAGGACUCGUAUAUUUAUCUUUCUGGGUCAGUCCCAUGACUAACUUUAAGGUACGCUUUACCAGUCCCCUCCAUUGUUAAUUUGGCAGGCAUUUGGAGGUUGAAGUUGUGUUUGGACUUUCAUUUGAAAAAUGUAGAGGCUGGCGUUCACUUAUUCAGUUUUACCAACUCGAAUAAAUUAAAGCGAAAAUCUACGUUGGUUA